AGGGAAGCGCUUCCAGGGCAAUAAGGAGGCCAACCGGAAAGAAAGCCGAAGGAAAUGGGAGACGUCCCAUUCUUGCUACGGUGGCCUGGAAGGAGUGGCGGAGGCGGCUCAGGAGAAUUGCUCGCUUCUGGGACUCAAUCGUAAUGUCUUUCAAGAGGGAAGGGGAUGAUUGGAGUCAACUCAACGUGCUUAAAAAACGAAGAGUCGGGGACCUGCUGGCCAGUUACAUCCCAGAGGAUGAGGCGCUGAUGCUACGGGAUGGACGCUUUGCUUGUGCCAUCUGUCCCCACCGACCUGUACUGGACACCCUGGCCAUGCUGACUGCCCACCGUGCAGGCAAGAAACAUCUGUCCAGCCUGCAGCUUUUCUAUGGCAAGAAGCAGCCAGGAAAGGGAAUGGACCAGAGUCCAAGACAGCAGAAUGAAUUGAGGCCGUCAGAGACCAAGGCUGAGGCUCCUCUGUUAACCCAGACUCGACUUACCACCCAAAGUGCUCUGCACAGAGCUCCUUACUAUAACAGUUGCUGCCGCCGGAAGUACAGACCAGAAACCCCUCGUCCCUCUGUCUCCCAUUCCCCUUUGCCACCCCCAGAGGUUGAGCCCGAGAGUGGGAAGAUCACUAGGGAACCCAUGCCUGGGGUUGGCCCACAGGCCAAAGAGCCAGCAACUGUCUCGUCCCCUGCACCCAUGAGCCCCACAAGAAGACGAGUCCUGGAUCAUUACCUUACCCUUCGAAGGUGGAUAACCAGGCAGUGGGCCAACGAGUGACUACGACGAGCUCGCGUACGUUGUUAGACGUCAGAAGUGCAGUGAAACAUGCAACUGGAGAAGUACACAGUUGGUUUCUUCCAUAUUCUGGGGUGCCUCCGGAGAGCCCCUCCAUCCCUGACCCCUCCAACCCCAUCCAGGAGUCUCCUCUCUAAGGCUCCAAUUUAUCCCCCGGCGACUCUCCCACCCGGUCUCUAGUAUCAGCUCCCAGGGCUCCUCUCCAUUCCCCGCCCCCUUCUUUGUCCGAGGUUUCUCCGUUCAGGACUCCUUUUAGCUUCCUCCCUUCCCUCUUCCUGGGCCCGGCUCUUGCC